AUGCCGCCUAGCAAACAGGCCGUAUCCGCAACCACCGAGGCCGGUACCAGCACUAACCCAGACAACGAAUGCACCAGCGGUGAGAGUGAACAGGGCGAUGAGGAUGGUACUGUGGAAUUGAAGGAGCCUUCGGGGGCUGGGAGAGGGGACCAUAAUGAAGAAUAUGGCGAGGGAGCAGAGGACGAGGAAGUGGAUGAAACAGAAAUGGCCGAAGGGUAUGGAGCUGAGCUGGACAUGACUGGGGAUGAGAUUGACGAAGAUAUGACCGGCGAGGAGUCGGACGGUGAAGAUGAGUAUGACAGGAGGGAGAGGCCUGCUAGGGACAAGCGCAGGGAGGCAAAUUAUCGUAGGAAGCGCGAGCAGGAAAUGGUAGAAGAGGGGGCCAGCGAUCAGGAGGAUGUCGAAGGUGAAGAAGAUGCUCAGUCGGUUUCUUCGAAUGCUUCUUCAGAGGAAGAGAAUAGCGACGACCCGGACAGGAUUGACCCCGCAAUUUCUGAAGAAAUGGAGAGAUUUGCUCAUACAUUCAAGGGAUUCGAGAAGCGUUACCGUUUGGUAAAUAAGAUUGGUGAAGGUACUUUUAGCUCGGUAUAUAAAGCCGAGGAUUUACUAUACGAUCACUACGAUAACAGUUGGGAUAUUGAUUAUAAAGAUGAAGCGAGAUGGGCAGCACCGCCGUCAAAGAAGCGACGAACAGGGCGCGGGAACAAUGAUAUUGAGCCUGUUCGCCCAAAAUAUGUUGCAAUCAAGAAGAUUUAUGUUACCAGCUCUCCCACUCGGAUCCAGAACGAGUUGGAAUUACUGCAUGAUCUCUCCGGGUGCGAUAGUGUCGUGCCGCUAAUUACGGCAUUCCGCUACCAAGACCAGGUUGUAGCAGUGCUUCCGUAUUUUAAACAUGUUGAUUUCCGGGAAUAUUUUAGAGAGUUGACGAUCCCUCACAUCCGAUCUUACUUCAAGUCCUUGUUCAGGGCACUCGCUCACGUGCAUGCCAAUGGCAUAAUCCACCGUGAUAUAAAGCCAACUAACUUUUUGUACGAUUACCGUUAUGGUAGAGGCAUGCUAUUUCCUGCCGCCUUUACAAUACUUUAUGUACUAAUGUUUAUAUCUGGAAACAUAGCGGGAAGGAACAGACUCACAAUAUUGCAUAACGAUGCCUGGUCUAACAAUAGCAACAAAAGACCAUCUAGAAGAGCGAACCGUGCCGGUACGAGAGGCUUCAGAGCACCAGAAGUGCUCUUCAAAUGCACCAAUCAAACCACAAAAAUUGAUAUAUGGUCUGCCGGCGUAAUCCUGCUCACAAUCCUCUCCCGCCGCUUCCCCUUCUUCAACUCCUCAGAUGACGUCGACGCCAUGAUUGAGAUAGCGACUAUCUUCGGUAAGCAGAGAAUGAAGCAAUGCGCAGCCCUCCACGGUUGCUUCUUCGAAUCCACCAUCCCAACAAUCGGUGAGCGCGGCUUCACCCUAGAAAAGAUUGUCCUAUGGGCAACAAACCGCACAGCAACCGGUUCCUCAAAGGAUAACAAAGACGACGCAAAGCUCGACCAAGACGAGGCCCUUGCGAUCAAGUUUUUGCAAUGCUGCUUCGAGCUGGACCCCGCUAAACGUUCAUCCGCAGUUGAAGCACUCCAACAUGAGUUUUUGGCUGGUCCUGAUUGGGAGUCGCCAGAGCCUAAACGUUAA